UCCCAACCCAAAUCCCUAUUUAUACCCGUCCUCCCACCCCAACGCAAACCAUCCGAAAAAAUCCCAGCUUUCGAAAACCUCGCAAUCGUUUGAGAGAGAGAGAAAGAGAGAGAUGGAGAGUCCUUUCUUCGCUAGCCGACGGAAUCCAAUUCGCUAUGGCUACGUUGCCCAGCCGAGGCCUCGCCCGCCGGCGGCGAAGUCCCGGGUCGUAUCUAUCCCUGUCCAAUUCGUCAGGUCAGAGGAGGAAGAGAAGACGGCGAAGAAGCCUGCCGCCGCAGCCGCCGUGCAACAGCCGGCGGAGGUCGACCGGGCGGGGGCCGCCGUCAAGGUCCAGAAGGUCUUCCGCGGGUUCUUGGUGCGGAAGAACGUAAGGCUUGUCCACAAGGUCGCAGCUGAGGUGGACGAGAUCGAGAGGAAGAUUAGAGCGGAGGAGGAGGUGAUAAGGAGGGACGAGAAGGAGCGGCUGAGGGUGAAUGAGAUGCUGAUGGCGUUGUUGUUGCGAUUAGAUUCGGUACGUGGGGUGAGGGAUUAUCGGAAGAAGGUGAUCCGGAAAGUGAUCUCGCUGCAGGACGCCGUGGAUUCGAUCGCCGCCGCUCGGGAUGAGAAGGAAGUCGGAGGCGAAACCCUAGGCGCAGAUAUUGGUGCACCGGUCGAAACCCUAGAGUCGCCGGCGGUGGCAGAGGAGCACCGCAUCGUUGAAGAAGCCGUCCCUCAAGAAUGCAAAGACGGGAUCUCGGAAACCCUAGAUGCCCAGAAAGAGGAAGCGAAGGCAGAGGAGGAUGAGUCCCUCGAAGAAACCCUAGAAGCGAAGGAUGAAGCACCAGAAAGAGAGGAGGACCUUGCAGAAGGUCCGGUCACGAUAGAAUCGAAGAGCGUCGAGGUGGGCAACAUCGGAGAUCCCAUGGAGGAAACCCUAGGAAACUACCCAGCGGACACAGCUCCACUGGGAACAGGGGGUAAAACAGAGGAAGUAGUGGAGGAAUCCGAGUUGAAAGAGGAAGGUGCCAUCUUCGAUCCAAUGGAGAAAGAGAGGGCCACUGAGAUCGGGGCAGAAGAAAGGAGCACAACCUCGGAUCAGAUGCAAGGAGUGGUGGAGAGCCCGGGGGUGAAGGAGGUGAUGGAGAGGGUGGUGGCAGAGAACGAGAGGCUGAAGGGACUGGUGGCGGAGCUCUGCGAGAGAAGCGCCCAGCAAUGCCGUCUGAUGGGAGGGCUGGUGGAGAGGGUGGAGCAUUUGGAGAGGAGGAUGGAGAAAAGGAGGAGGAAGAACAUGAAGAGAAGGCAUGCUGAGAAUAAAUAUAUCCUCUGCUCUUGAGAAGCGAAGGAGCAUAUGUUUUGUUGUCUAAAAUGGUGUCUGUUGCAUUUUUUGUGGAUAUGUUUUCGUGAUCAAUAGUACCUGUGUCUUUCUCAACUUAGCCUGGAAUAAAGAGAUUAUAUGGAUUGUUUCAAGGAAAUCGUUUGCGUUAUAUUCUUUUUCUUUUCUGGUUUGUAAGUUGGUGAGGUUAUGAGACUUUUCCAGAAGUGUUCAAUGAUUGCUGGAUCACCAUUGUUGAUAUCAACCUCAGGUACUGGUUAAUGUUGAGUGGGUA